AUGAGAAUUGCGCUCAGCAGAUUUCGAGUACCGGGUUCUCUGUCUCCUGGAUCCUGCGCUCUGGGUCGGCUACCUGGUCAAACUCGACUUCCAAGACAAGCGCUCGGUGGUUUCUGCGCUCCAGGUCCGUUUCCUGGUGCCACUCGAGUUCCAGGACAAGCGCUCCGCGGUACCUGCGCUCCAUGUCCGCUACCUGUUGAAAUUCGACUUCAGGGACUAGCGCUCGUAGUUUGUGCGUUCCAGGUCGGCUACCUGGUAGAACUUGACUUCAGGGACAAGCGCUGCGUAGUUUUUGCGCGCCAGGUCCGCUACCUGGUAGAACUCGAGUUCGAGGACGAGCGCUCCGUAGUUUCUGCGCUCGAGGUGUACCACCUGAUGAAACUCGAGUUCCAGGACAAAAGUUCCGUAGUUUCUGCACUCCGGGUGUCCUACCUCGUGAAACUCGACUUCCAAGACAAGCGAUCCGUAGUUUCUACUAUCCAGGUUCAUUUCCUGGUGCAACUUGAGUUCCAGGACAAGCGCUCCGUGGUUCCUGCGCUCCAGGUCUGUGACCUGGUGAAACUCGGCUUCAGGGAUAAACGCUCCGUAGUUUCUACGCUCCAGGUACGCUACCUGGUGAAGCUCGAGAUCCAGGACAAGCGAUACGUGGUUCCUGCGCUCCUGGUCAGUUACCUGAUGAAACUCGACUUCAGGGACAAGCGCUAUGUAGGUUUUCCACUACAAAUCCGCUGCCCGCUGAAGCUCGACUCUCGGGGGAUGAGGUGGACUAGGAGGACGAGGAUUUGUGCACGUGUUCGAGGUAUAAUCCAAGGUGGUCAGAGGGAAUUGCGGGUGGUCGAGGUGGACGAGGAGGAGGAAAACGAGGGAGACGAGGAGAACAAGGUGGACGAGAAGGACGAGGAUUUCUGCACGGUAUAACCCGAGGUGGGAAGCGGUGAUCGUUGAAGUUGGUUGGCGGCGGUUGGAGGUGGUCGGACGUGGACGAGGAGGAGGACGAGGACGAGGAGGACGAAGAUUUGAGCUCGGUAUAACCCGAGGUGGUCAUCGGUGGUUGUUGGAAGUGGUUG